UCUGUAAAAGCAUAUCCAGACACAGCUGCAUCCAAGAAUGAGGAUCAAAUACACAAUAUCCAUUGUCUUUUUUGUGGCACUUGUUAUCAUUGAGAAGGAAAACAACAUUAUCUCAAGGGUGUCGGAUAAGCUCACGUUAAAGCAGACCCCCCAGACCCCUCUACAGCCAAGUAGCUUCUCCCACAUUCUGCCGAAGCACAAUGCUUCCAUUACCCCACUCAAGAAUGACUCUGCCUUCACGCUGAUGAAGCGGCGCCUGGAGAACUACAGCGAGCACCAGGAGGUGAUGACAAGGGGCAGGAAACACAUCCUCCUGCUGGCCACCACCAGGACCGGUUCCUCCUUUGUGGGCGAGUUUUUCAACCAGCAGGGCGACAACAUGUUCUACCUGUUUGAGCCGCUGUGGCACGUGGAGAAGAUGCUGACACUGGACACUGGAGGCACCAACGCCACAGCGUCAGCCAAGGCAUACCGCAAUGUGCUCCAGCAGCUCCUCCUGUGUGACUUCUCCCAGCUGGAGAGCUUUAUCGACCCCCUCCCUGUGGACCACAUCACCACCGCUCUUUUCCGCAGGGAGUCCAGCAGCUCUUUGUGCGAGGAGUCAGUCUGCAGCCCCUUCGUCAAAGGGGUCUUUGAGCGAUAUCACUGCAAGAGCAGGCGCUGUGGGCCCUUAAACCUGACCAUGGCCUCUCUGUCCUGCCUCCAGAAGGAGCACAGGGCCAUCAAGUCAGUGAGGGUACGCCAGCUGGAGACCCUCCGUCCUCUGGCUGAGGACCCACGUCUUGACGUGAAGUUCAUUCAGCUGGUUCGGGAUCCUCGGGCUGUUCUGGCCUCACGCAUGGUGGCCUUUGCAGCCAAGUACAAGAACUGGAAGGAGUGGGCCUCAGGUGGGGACAUACCCAUCGAUGAUGACGAGGUGAGGAAGUUGAAAGGGAACUGCGACAACAUCAAGAUGUCUGCAGAGAUCGGCCUCAGGCGGCCACAGUGGCUGCGUGGGCGCUACAUGCUAGUGCGUUACGAGGACAUUGCCCGGUUCCCUAUGAGAAAGGCAGCUGAGAUGUACAGAUUUGCUGGAAUCCCGUUCACUCCACAAGUGAAAUCCUGGAUCCUGAAGAACACCCAGGCCUCCAAGGAUACCAGCGGUGUUUACUCUACACAGAAAAACUCCUCAGAACAAGUAGAGAAAUGGAGGUUUAGCAUACCCUUCAAAAUAGCCCAGGUUGUACAGAAAGUGUGUGGGCCAACACUGAAACUUUUUGGCUACAAAUUUGUAAGUAGUGAAGAAAUGUUAACAGAUAAGUCUGUGAGUUUGAUCGAGAAUAAGGUUUUUAAUGUUUUGUAGGCCAACGGACACAAACUCUGAAUCUUGAUGCAGGAAAACCAAACGUUUCUGGAAUGACUGAUAUUUAUUAGGGUCUUUCAUGCUGGUACAGAGAGCUUUAUUUUUUCUGAUAGUGUGCUAUUUAAAGAUUUUCACUAUUUAAAAUAGUUUGAAGAAGACAAUGUAUUGUUGAGCAGAAAAUACAUAUAUUUAACUUUUAAAGCAAGGAAGUCCUAGGUUUUUGCACUUGAUCUGAUGCAAAACUGUGUCAUUGGCUUAUGCAAUCAGGAUCUGAAUCCAAAGCUAGAUAGCUGUGGGCAUGUGAGCAAUAUAUGAGCUGUUUCAAAGACUUCCAGGUUCCUCAUUAGUUAUUAGUUUUUGUGCAGCAACUCCUGAGUUAGUCACAUAAGCUGCUUUUACACCAAAGAAACUUGAAAGGAGUUGUAAUGACAGAGAGAGGAAAUACCUAUUCUAUGCAUGAGAUGUAAUGAAGUAACUCACCGGGCUCAAUUUAAUUAUUUAGAAUUUGUGCUGAAAUUUCAUGACUCCAGGUUGGAAUGUGCUCCACAGGUAUUCCCCCCCCCCCCCCC